GUUAAAACAACAAACAACAGCGGUUCACGUGUUGAUCGCGUCAGCCACUGUUCGCAACAGUAAUUUCUGCCCAACAGCCUGGAAGUAGCCUAACCGAGGCAGCAGCGUUACUUCACACUGUACUGGCGUCAGCGGAGACCAUCAGAACCUUGUCAAAUGCGACAACAGUCGGGCAGCAGCCGACUCCACGCCGCGACACGCUGGUCAGUCAGAUUACGUCGCUGUUCCCCUCCGGACAGCACAGCAGCAUGACAUUGCCCACUGCAGCUCCAGUCCGGAGAGAGUGUGCGCCGCGUUAUCAAGCGCAACGCUUCAGCUCUUGGACAUCAGGCACAAGGAAGAAAAGUUUGUACAGGUUCUGUGAAGGACUGAAAACUCUUGGGGUUCUGGACCAAAUACGACGACAUCCAGACAGCUUUCGACCCCUGUUCUGCUAUGAGCCGAACACACUGACUGCUGACCAGGUGGAUGAUCUUUUCAGCAUUCGUCUCUCUCCAGAAGGGAGCAACAAGAGAGCUGCUGAGGAGAUGGUUGUUGCUUUCUGGAGGGACUAUCUCCAAGAUGCAGAAGAAGAAGAAGGGCCAUCCAAACUAGAGAAGAUAUUGGCCUUCACAACUGGAGCAUCUGUGGUACCACCUAUCGGCUUUUCCCCAACUCCUUCUGUCCAGUUCAUUCACAAAGGAGAUGAUGGCUUCUCUACAUCAAUGUUCCCUCUUGCCAACACAUGUGUUAACUGCAUCAAGUUGCCACUACAUGUGUCUUACCAACUGUUCAAGGAAAAGUUUGACUUUGCAUUAGGAAACACAUAUGGGUUUGGCAGGGCAUGAACAUGUCAUGCUCUGAAAACUCGAGACUACCUCUGCCUGAUUAGGUCUCUGUUUGUCUCUCUUGAACUGUAUUUGAAUGUUCGUUCCUUUGAACAAAUGUUUAUCAUGUUCAUUUAUUUUUCAUAAAAUGUUUUACAAUGUUUUAACCAAACUUUAAUUCACAGAAUACACUGCACAAGUGAAGAAAACAUUUUAGCAAACCUUAACAUAACUCUCAUGUUUAUUGAAGAAAGUGCAGAAGUGAAGCAAAAACAUCUAUUCCAUGGUUCCCAUCAUUUUCAAGUGGGUUCACUUGUUGAAUAAUGUUCAUUGUGGUCUCAUUAAUGGUUACAUCUAUGUCUGGGAUCACAACAUUAUUAUUAGUUUGAAGUUCAGGUAAUGGCCCUUCUUCAUCAAUGCCAUAGUAGUUGUUGGCAUCAAAAAUGCUGUUUAUAGCUGGAUGGAUUCCUGCAUUAUUAAUUACACCUGAAUGCCACAGCUGAAGAGGUGUCUGCCCCCCUUGUGUGGAGAGGCCAUGGUUGUUCCAUUGAUUGAUGAAUUCUGUUACUGCUCUAUCAAUCCUUGGUAAAUAAACAUAAUGCAGACAAAAUAAA